CUUUAGGGCUCUGAAUGAGUCAUGAUCUGAUAACCAGCGUCACCGCCCGGCGGCAGAACGGUCUUGGCGGCCCGUGACUCCAACAUAUCUCCAACUUUUCUUCUUUUUCUUCUUUUUCCACUUCGUCUUUUCCUUCCUGGUUUCUCUCAUCUCUUGCGUCCAACCUCAUCGUAUUCCUCCUGAGACCGUUCUGGCGGUCUGUCAUGGCCCCCCGUCUAUGAGAUCAUGACCGUCCGCACCAUCUGGCCGCGCACGGCGAGGUCGGCGUGGCUGACGAAGCCGGCCUCGUCAACCGUGCCUUGCCGCUCGCAGUCUACGCACGCCGCUGCUCGUCGUCGACCCGUUUCCCCCUCCGAGGAUCGGCCCGCCCACCACGGGGCCGAUCUCGCUUCCGACUUCUCCUCCUCCACCCGAAGUUACGACCGUCUGGGCCGGCGAGCCAAGGAGAAGCUAUUGGACCGGGAAUUCUUUCUGAGCGUCCUAAACUCCGCAGCCACUAAACGAGAAGCGAAAUCCUAUCUCGCCCGCCUGAAGGCGCAGAACACCCCACCACCCGACAAACGAGAGACGUCGGUGACGGGUGAGGGUGCGCCGGCGUCGCCCGUGGGCGGCAACGUGGGGGCCUUCUACGGCGCCUCGCGAUCCGUCUCCGACGCGCCCGUGUUCCGACAAGACUCCACCCCCACCCCCACGCCGGAGCAGCAACAGCAGUCGGAACGUCUGCACCUGGCCCUCAUCAAGAUCAAGGCUCCGCAACGCCUCGACGAUGCCACGCUCGAUGGCGUGGCCAAAACCCUGUCGCAGCUGAAUCGCCUGGGCAUGGCCUGCUGUGUCGUCGUCGACCCCGGGGCCGCCGACGACAGUCGAACGGUGCGCGUCACCGCCGCCGAACAGGUCGAUCGGCUGUGCAACGCCGUCGACGCUCAGCCCGAUUCCAAAGCCGCCCACCUCGACGCGAUCCUGACCCUCCCGUCCGAGGCCGGGGGCGCCACCCCGAAGGUCCUCUCCCGUAAGGUGCUGCUGGGCCCGCUGCGCGACGGCCAGAUCGUCGUCAUCGCCCCCGUGGCCUACACCGAGGACGUCCCCAAGGCCGAAGUGAUCCCGGCCAAUGACGCCGUGCUCGCCCUGACCCGGGAGCUGGCCGGGUUGGCGGCCCGCAUCGACCCGGACGAGGAUCCGUUGGUGACGGCGGAGCGCAUCGCUCGCGUCCAGCAGGAGGUGUCGCUAGAUCGGGUCAUCCUCCUCGAUCCGUUGGGCGGUAUCCCCUCCUUCAGUGGACCCCAGACCUCCCACGUCUUCAUCAACCUGGAGCAGGAGUUCACCGACAUCGAGAAUGAGCUGCUGCGGGUCAGUCUGUCGCUGGCGGCAGGCGACGCACACCGCCCGCUGCCGGCGGACGGACCCCUGUCAACGGUCGCUGACAGCAACCCGUUCUCCCGGUUCGCCCACACCGAGGUCGUCGGGGUGCCGCCCGAGCAAGAGCCCAUCCCGGCCGUCUCCCAUCCGGAGGAGCCGGCGAUCGGUGGGCACCUGGACAAUCUGCGGCUCGCCCACGAGGCGCUCGCCCUGCUCCCGGCGACGUCGUCCGGCAUCAUCAGUUCCGCGGCCGAGGUGGCCCAUUCCGCCGAACCGCCGCGGGAGACCCCCGACAUGUCCGCCGUCCGGACCCGGCGGCAGCGAAACCCGCUCAUCCACAGCCUCCUGACCGACAAGCCCCUCCUCUCCGCCUCGCUGCCUGUCAGCCGACGCGCGCCCCGGGCCCACACCACGUUCGUCAAGCGCGGCCUGCCGCUCACCAUCGUCCCGGACCCGCGGCUCGACCCGUGGAGCGCCCGGGCACCGUCGCCGGUGACGCUGGACGACCCGCGCAUCGACCUGCCCCGACUCGUCCAUCUCAUCGAGGACUCCUUCAACCGCCGGCUCGACGUGCCGGCCUAUUUGGAGCGGGUGAACCACCGGCUGGCGGGCUUGAUCAUCGCGGGCGAGUACGAGGGCGGCGCCAUCCUGACGUGGGAGCUGCCGCCCGGCGUGCCGGAUGACGGCAGCGCCGCCAGCCAGGCGCGGCGGGUGCCCUACCUGGACAAGUUCGCCGUCCUGAAGCGCAGCCAAGGCGCCGGGGGCGUGGCCGACAUGGUCUUCAACGCCAUGGUGCGCACGUGCUUCCCCGCGGGGGUGUGCUGGCGCAGCCGUCAGGACAACCCGGUCAACAAGUGGUACUUUGAACGGUCCACGGGGACGUGGAAGCUGUCCGACACCAAUUGGACCAUGUUCUGGACGACCCCGGGGCUGGUGGAGGACCCCCAGCGGUUCCAGGACUACGAAGCGGUCUGUCGCAGUAUUCAGCCCAGUUGGGCGGAUGACACGGGGGUGGUGGAUUAAUCCGGGAAUUUGUACCACAUUUCUGACUUGAGUCCCGCGUUUGGAUAACUUACGCUGUCAUCUUGACCUUG